GCUCUCCAUGUCCUUUUGCAGGAAGUGCUCACCGACUGAUAAGGCAGACUUUGCUUCCAGGCAAAACUAAAGAACUCUUCUAUUCAUGGAGGUGAACACUAAGGAAGUUUUCCACAUGAACCCUGACGUGAAAGUCUGAUACAUUCCCUGUAGAAAGAGAAAGGAGCCAAAAUGAAGGAAAGUGUGGCAUCCACAAUUUUCGUUUUGCUACUUUUUCUCGACACCGGUCUCCUGAAUGGACAAUCACCUCCUGGAAAGCCUGAGAUCGUUAAAUGUCGUUCUCCUGAAAAGGAGACAUUCUCCUGCUGGUGGAAGCCUGGGGAGAAUGGAGGACUUCCCACCAAGUACACGCUGACUUACCACAAGGAAGGAGAGACACUGACACACGAGUGUCCAGACUACAUCACCAGUGGCCCCGAUUCCUGUUAUUUCAACAAGAAGCACACUUCCAUAUGGACCAUGUACAUCAUCACAGUAAAUGCCACCAACCAGAUAGGAAGCACUUCCUCAGAUCCACGUUAUGUGGAUGUGACGUACAUAGUUGAACCAGACCCUCCUGUGAACCUGACUUUGGAAUUAAAACAGCCAGAAGAUAAAAAACCAUAUCUGUGGAUGAAAUGGUUCCCACCCACCCUGGUGGACGUAAGAUCUGGUUGGCUCACACUGCAGUACGAAAUUCGAUUAAAACCCGAGAAAGCAACUGAGUGGGAGACUCAUUUUGCUGGGCAGCAGACUCAGUUUAAGGUACUCAGCUUAUAUCCAGGACAGAAGUACCUUGUCCAGGUUCGCUGCAAGCCAGACCAUGGAUUCUGGAGUGAAUGGAGCCCAGAGAGCUCCAUCCAGAUACCUAAUGAUGUCACCAUGAAAGAUACCAUUGUGUGGAUCUUUGUGGCUGUUCUUUCCGCUGUCAUCUGUCUGAUUAUGGUCGUGGCAGUGGCUUUGAAAGGCCAUAGCAUGGUGACCUGCAUCCUUCCACCAGUUCCUGGGCCAAAAAUAAAAGGAUUUGAUACUCAUCUGCUGGAGAAGGGCAAGUCUGAAGAACUGCUGAGCGCCCUGGGGUGCCAAGACUUCCCUCCCACUUCUGACUGUGAGGACUUGCUGGUGGAGUUUGUAGAAGUGGAUGACAGUGAGGACCAGCAGCUGAUGCCAGCCCAUUCAAAAGAACACCCAGGUCAAGAGAGGAAGCCCACACCCCUGGACCCAGACAGUGACUCUGGCCGGGGCAGCUGUGACAGCCCUUCCCUUUUGUCUAAAAAGUGUGACGAAGCGCAGGCAAAUCCCUCCACAUUUAACACUCCGGACGGCAUUGAGAAACCAGAGAAUCCCCAAAUGAAUGUUACCCACACCUGGGACACCAAGAGCACUAGCUUAGAAGGCAAAAUCCCCUCCUUCUCUUCCAGUGGAUCCAAAUCUUCAACAUGGCCUUUACCACAGCCCCCCAGCCGCUCCAGCCCCAGAUCCUCCUACCACGACAUUGCCGAUGUGUGUAAACUGGCCAUGGGCACGGCCGGCACGGCGGCCAUUCUGUUGGACAAAACAGACACACGUGCUUCAAGAUCUUCAAAAAACGCUGAGACUGGAGGGGAGAAAAUGGCAGCUGAGCAGAGGGCAGUGGAAAGCCGCCAUUCCAAGACUGACCAAGGCGCAGCAUGGCUGUUGCCCCAGGAGAAAAGCCCAUUUAUCUCUGUCAAACCCUUGGAUUAUGUGGAGAUUCACAAAGUUAACAAAGAUGGAGCACUGUCAUUGCUCCCCAAACAGAAAGAGAACAGCAAGCAGACAGAGAAGCCCGGCACUCCUGAGACCAGUAAGGAGUAUGCUAAGGUGUCCAGGGUGAUGGAAAACAACAUCCUGGUGUUAGUGCAGGAUCCGCAAGCUCCAAACCUGGCUUCGUUUGAGGAACCAGCCAAGGAGGCUCCACCAUCCCUUCAACAGAAUCAAGCUGAGGAAGACCUGGCCUCCUUCACGUCCGCACCAAGCACUUGUGGACCCAGGGCUGGGCUGGACUACCUGGACCCUACAUGUUUCAUGCACUCCUUUCAGUGAUAGCUUGAUUCAUGGAACGAUUGGCUAAAAUGUGACUUUUUUCAGAUAACACUACAGAGUACAGGAAAUGCACUUCUCCUAGAGAAUGCUCGAGAGUGUGGUUAGAAUGACACUAUAGAGCCCACAGUUCACUCCUUUUCAUGCUCCAUUUUCAACCAGCUGCCUCUUCCUCCAACAGCUCAUUCCAGAACAAAUCGUUUUGCUUCCUGUGAUUUGUACCUUUACUUUUUGCUAUUAGUUAUAAAAUUAUGUGUUCAAUGAAAUAAAAGCACAUUAUUUAGUAUUCUUGAUGGACAGUA